AAUCACCACUCCCUGUUCAUCCACGAUAACCACUUGACGCUUCACUACUACUACCACUAUCAUGCCCGUCAAAGCCGUCAGCAGCCUCGAGGAGUUCAAGAAGAUCAUUGAGGGCGACAAGACCGCGGUGUUCGAUUUCUGGGCGACGUGGUGUGGCCCGUGCAGGCAGAUUUCGCCUAUCUUCGAGAAGCUCUCUGAACAAACCGAGGGCGUCGAUUUCUACAAGGUCGACGUCGACGAGGCCUCUGACAUCGCGCAGGAGGUCGGCGUCCGUGCCAUGCCGACUUUCAUGGCGUUCCGCAAUGGUCAGAAGGUCAGCGAGGUCGUCGGUGCUAACCCCCCCGCUCUCCAGAACCUGAUCGCCACUCAUGCGGCGGCCGCUUCUGCGUAGAGGAGGAGUGUAUCAUCGUGGACGCGUGUUGUAUUUCGCAGUUUUGCAGACGCAUAAUCGAUUGUACUAUGGAUAUCUGUGAUACAUGAAUGAAUGCAUGGCCGCAUGCUAUGAUGCAAUGGCGCUGCCCUUGGUCCUCG